AUGCUGCUCAGCUCGAUAUUCGUGCUCACCUCCUUGUUACGCCCGAUUGCAGGCUGUGAGGACCAUGACUGGACUUCUCCUGUUCUUGGAGGCUAUGUGGAUCAUGGUUUGAUGAGAAGACACGACCUGGCAAAACGAAUCCAGCCAACGGCGCUGAAGACGCCGGUGCAGCAGAUCAGAGACUUACACUGGGGUCAGCUCAACUUCCUCCACACCACCGAUACUCACGGAUGGCUGGCGGGCCAUUUGCUGGAUGAAAACUACAGUGCCGACUACGGCGACUUUGCCGACUUUGUUCAGAAGAUGAAGGCCAAAGCAGAUCGUCUUGGAGUUGACCUGCUUCUGAUCGAUUCAGGCGACUUGCACGAUGGGACCGGGUUUAGUGAUAUCACGACCCCCGAUGGGAAGCUGACUCUUCCUAUCUUCAAGAGGCUGCCGUAUGAUCUUCUGUCGAUAGGCAACCACGAGCUCUACACGACGUCUACCGCAAAUGACACCUACCACAAUUUCGCACAGUCCUGGGGAGGGCGGUAUCUUACGUCGAACGUCGAAUUCAACGACACGGGGGUGCUCAAGCCCUUUUCCCAGCGUUACGCAUACUGGGAAACCAAGCAGGGGAUCCGUAUCAUGGCAUUCGCCUUCAUCUUCAACUUUACUGGAAACAGCGAUGCCACGGUUGUGACGCCGGUCGGCACCGCCGUCAAACAGUCCUGGUUCCAAGAACAAGUCAAACGCACCGACAUUGACAUGUUUCUCGUAGCCGGCCACAUCACUCUCCGCGGGUCAACCGAAUGGGACCUGAUCUACUCGGCGAUCCGCGCACAUCAUCCCACGAUACCCAUCUCCAUCUUCGGGGGUCACAAGCAUGUCCGGGACUCGGUCAUAUUCGACGCCAACGCAGUGGGAAUCGCCUCAGGCCGCUACUGUGAGACGGUGGGUUGGCUCAGCAUCGACGGCCUACCACCGUCGGUCACGAAGGCGAAAUCGCCUAACCUGGGCGGCAAUGCCACAAAAAUCACGGCCAAACCCAGUUCGAUCCCGGGCGUCACGCCGAACAACCACUCCGACCUGUCCUACACCAGGCAAUACCUCGACUUCAACCGGUUCUCUUUUGAGCACCACACCGGCACGACGGAAGCGACGUUCAACAGCAGCCUCGGAGUCAACAUCAGCGAAAAGAUCACCGCCGACGUCGACAGUCUGCCCGCCCUGACGACCAAACUCGGCUGCGCCCCGGACAACUACUAUCUAUCUCGCUACCCGAUCACGUCCAACCAGUCCCUGUUCCACUACUUGACGACGGUCGUGUUUCCCAAGGUGGUCGUGUCCGCGGAGCGAGCCAACGUGAGCCGCGUCAUCCUCACCAACACGGGCGGGUUCCGCUACGACCUUCUCAAGGGCCCCUUCACCAUCGACAACGCCUACCAGACGAACCCGUACGAGAACUACUGGCUGCGCAUGACGGCCCCGUGGUCCGUCGCCAAGAACCUCCUGGUGAACAUGCAAACCGACAAGGUGUACAAGCGUGACGUCGACAACGACGGGAAUGGCACCGCGACAGUCAAGAUCGCGGGCUACGUGACCCACGACGACUUUGGUUCUGACGGCGACAACAUCGUGCACAUCGACCAGGGCUCCGCAACUGUACCGCACUACGUCCAGGCCAACGUGUCCGUAGACGGCAUCAGUGACGACACCCUGGUCGACGUGUACGGGACGAGUUUCUUCACCGCGGCAGCCGCCAAGUACCUCACUGGGAACACGACCGAUUGGAUAAGGGUGGAUGGGAACUUCAGUAGUUUCGAUACCUUGCCCAGGAUGGCCAAGCAGUUUUGGUCAAAAGAUUGCUGA